ACAAAACCACCGGCUAUUCCCGGUCACCUCUCCCAUUCUCCCACCUAUAUAUAUUAACCCCAAAUACCACACACCACAUAUUCUCAUAUUAACAACUUACAUCUCCCAACAUGAAGAGCAUCACCUUACGUCAUCAUUCCGGCGACGCCUCCACCACCGGAAAAACCAAACGUCUCGCCACCGGCGUGAUGCAAUCAAUCACAACUCUAUUAAUCCUCUGCGCCAGACGAGCAGUUAUCGCUUCUCGAAAGCUAAAAAACAACUCACGUGAUUCUCCGGUGAUCCAACGGCCAAAAAAGCUGAUCGCCAACAUCAGCAACAAGGCGAUCACGAUGCGCCACCGCAAACGAAGAACCGGCGGAGACGACAGCGGUGGUGGUUUUGAACACGACGGUUUAUGGCAACGGGAGAUUCUGAUGGGAGAUAAAUGUCAGCCGUUGGAUUUUUCCGGUGUGAUUUAUUAUGAUCGAGAUGGAAAGCGGACGGAUGAGUUUCCCAUGCGUUCUCCACGUGCCAGUCCGCUUCCGGGUUACGUGGCGAAGUUUGAUUGGGUGCCUCCAGUUGAUCGGUAAUUAGGUUAAUUGAUUGAUAGGAAGUGUUAUCAAAUUACUGGUUUGGUGAUGUGGUUUUGGAUGUUGUUAUAUGAAAUACUACUCUUAAUUUUCAUAAAGUUUUUGUUAUGUUUUAGGGUGA